AUGGGACUUUUUUGCUUCGCCAGGAGCUUUUUCAUGGCAAACCGUUACGCAGGGGUUUACUGCAGGGAACACAUAGCUCGGUAUUUCUCCCUAACAUUUCGCGGUGGUGUUUCAGUUCUGCCAGCGACGCACGUCAAAAAGUACAGCCAGGAUACUGCCGCAACUGCUGGACACUUUGUAUGCUACCACCUCCCUAAUAGGAGCGUGCUCAAAGUUCAAGGACAAGAUACGAGCUCGUUUCUUCAAGGAAUCAUUACCAAUGACAUGAGGCAGCUUCUGGAAGAGCAUUCGCUGACAGCCAUGUACUCACACAUGUUGAACGUACAGGGACGGACAUUAUAUGACAUCUUACUGUACAGACUACAAGGAGCUGAUAGUGGACAUGGUGUUCUUUUAGAGUGUGAUUUCACUGUCAAGGACUCCAUCCUAAAACUUUUGAAGAUGUACAAGAUUCGCAGAAAGGUCAGUAUUGACGACUGUCCAGAACACAGUGUAUGGGCGGUGCUACCUCAGCAGAAAAUUUUGAGCCAAGAGGUGGGUCAGCCUAAGAUUUCCUGCCCUGAAAAGGCCAUGGUUUGGGAAGCUGAUCCCAGAACUACAAAAAUGGGCUGGAGAUUGGUGAUCGACAAGGAACUAGACCCCAGUGAGAUAAUUGCAACUUGUCAAAAAGCUGAAACGGAUGAGUAUCAUAGACAUCGCUUUACAAUAGGAAUUCCUGAGGGAGUGAAGGACCUGCCUCCUGGUGUUGCACUGCCAUUAGAAUCAAAUUUGGUCUACAUGCAGGGCAUCAGCUUUAGCAAAGGCUGUUACAUUGGCCAAGAACUCACAGCCAGAACUCAUCAUACCGGGGUCAUUCGUAAACGCCUGAUGCCUGUACGCUUUUCAUCACCACUCCACAACCUAGAAGAUGGAGCUGCGCUGCAAACGCAGUCAGGCAAACCAGCUGGAAAGCACCGAUCAGGGGUUGGAAACCUCGGCUUGAGCUUAAUACGAUUGGCUUAUGCCAAACAGGUGUUGACAGUCAAAUCUUCUGAUGAUACCACAUUGACACUAGAAGUGUCUGUGCCGGACUGGUGGCCUAAAGACUGGAAUUCUAACUGAAUAGUGUAGUUUGCAAUUUUUAAACUGACAGAGCUUAACAGUACAGCAUGUUUUUGACUGUUAGUUACAGUUUUUAGCUUGUGAUUAUUUUGUUUUCGCUUCCAGGAAACUUUCAUUUAAGAUUUAUUUAAUGGUUCUAUUUAAAGGUUUGU